AUGACUUCUAUCGUCCUCAUUCUCGGUGCUGGUGCCAAGGUUGGAAAAGCUGUUGCUGAAGCCUUCCAAGCCAAAGGCUAUAAACUUGCUCUUGCAUCCAGAUCCCAAGACCCGAAAACAUCCACCGAUGAUGAACUUCAUAUUCCCACAGACUGCAGCGAUACCGAUUCUGUUGUGCAGGCGUUUGCCAAGACCAGGAGUGUAUUCGGGCAUCCCAAUGUAGUCAUUUAUAACGCCUAUGACUCUGCAAAUAGUGACCCUGAAGAUGUCUUUGGGUUACCGCGUGAGGCAUUCAAGAAAGCUACCACUACAAACCUCCUUAGCGCUUAUGCCGCUGCUCAGGAAGCCGUUAAAGGCUGGAAAGAACUCCCUUCAUCUAACAAGCCAACCUUUAUCUACACCGGCAACUGUGAGAAUGUGGUGCCUAUUCCAGCACUCAUGGCUUUGGGUGUUGGGAAAUCUGGUGCGGCUUCUUUCAUUGAAGUUGCUGCAAAGUCGUACAAAAACAAGGGUUACAAGUUCUACUAUGCCGAUGAGAGAAAGGAAGAUAAUAGUCCCAUGUGGAAGGGGGUGAACGCUGAGGGCCAUGCCACGCUGUAUACUGAGUUGGCGGAGGGUGAUAAACAGUUGGAGUGGCAGCAGACUUUUGUCACAGGGUUGGGAUACAGGAAGAUGCCCGCCCCUCAGAUUUAG